UCAUAAAUAAAGUCCAAGCACAGAAAAACACGUGACCGGAAGUAUCUGUGUGGCUGUCAUAAUAAGAGUUGUAUCUACACAAAUAAAAACUGCAAACUUGUAAUUCAAAAUUUACUAUAUUUUUACUACUUGUAUGCAACCUCUCAAAUCGAUGAAUACAAGUGCUCAACUGCGCCCUCUAGAGACACAAAUUCACAUAUUCUGCGCUCCAAGUUUUGCUGCGAAAUUCUCACUCGCAAGUGAAGGAUGAUGGGAUGGGGACCGAGGGUGGAGAUCAGCCAAUCAGAAAGCAGGACACCCCGCUGUCUGCCAUACUGGAUUCACAACCACAGCCCAGAGCGAGUCACGGAAAGUUUCCUUCAAAGAUCGUACUCAUUAAUUUCAAGUCAGAUCAGUCACUCUGAGGAAAAUGUUGGCUCGUUAUUUAUGUUACAGAAACACAGAGGUGUGAGACCAGGCGGAAGGCUUUUUGUUUUGUUUUUUAAAUUCAAAUAACAUUGUUUUUUCAAGAUAAUACUAUAUUGAUAUUGAUACGUGUCUGAGAAGAACGGAUUCUUUCCAGAGAUAUGUGGGCCUCAAAGGACUGCCAGCACAAACAUAUGAUUUAAGAGAAGCCGUCAUGAAUGUUACACUGAGGGACACAUUGGGCUCAGUUCUUUAUGCUCUUUAUUUUGUUAUGGGCAAAAUAUUAUCAAUAUAUACUUUUGAAUGAACUCUAAGCAUUAUGAUAUUACAUACCAUAUAUACAGUAAUAUAUACAAAACUGCAGUGCCAUAUUGAGUAAGCUGUUUAUUUAUUAUUAAUUCUGCCAUAUAACUGUUUGGUAAAUGGCAUAAUUUCUUCAUCCUGCACUGCAUUUUCUCAAAAACGAGGCAUCUAAAUAUGUGACUGGACGUAGUGUUUGAAGUUCCUCUAAAACAUUUCCAAGGACACUUUGACGGAAAGUACAUAACACCAAAGACUACUGAGUUUUACUGUCACUGAGGUUAUAUAGUGACAAAAACAUUUUUUUAUAUACUGGCUUCACAUUAUAGGAUGAACACCUGUACCUGUAUCUCAUUUGUGUAAUAUACUGGGAUAUUUAUAAUAAGAGCUAUUUGUUAUAUUUUGUAACUUGAAUAUAUUGUAUUAUUUAAUUUACUUUAGUUGGUUACUGUCUUGGAGCAACUGAGACCACAUCUCUGGGAUUAACAAAGUAUUCUGAUCUACAGAUAUUUAUUCCACAUCACAUCUUCUAAGUGAUUUCUACCCAUAGUGGGGGCUAACAAUACUCUCACUCAACUAGUCAUGGCAGCUGCCUCUUCCCGACCCUCACUGGGCGACAGUGGGAAGGGAAAUCUUUACCACUGCACUUGCAUUUGUCUUUGAGCAAACUUCAGCAAUUAUCUGAUUGCUGGAGUUUCUUUGUAUUAUUGUAGACUCUUUACCUUACAAUAUGAAGCACUUUGAGGCAACUGUUGUUGUGAUUUGGUGCUAUAUGAAUAAACUUAAAUGAAAAUGAGGCAUGAAAAUGGCAACUUGAAGACUCGGGCCUUAGGUUUGACCUAUGAUUAAUUUAUCAGCAGGUAAGGAGAUCCCAUUCUCAUCAAAGUUGCAUGUGUCCGUUCUGCCAGAUAGAAGAGGAUAGAAAGAUAACACAGCUGAAAUGGUGCAUGUUUUUUUCCCCCACAAUGAGCUUGAACAGGCAGCACAUAUUUACAUUACACAGCUCCAUGGUGAUGAUUUCUAUCUCUGUACAAACACAGACACUCAAUUUGCUUUUAGUUGACCAGCAGGUGACCUAGACCAAGGCUGCUGCAUAUAUGUAUUAGCAUAAAGCCUGCAGGUAGGAAACAAGACAAAAAGGUGUGGCGCUGAGCUCUUACCUGCAGGUAAGCAGUGAAGUAGGCGCAGUUGAUACUCGACACAAUCCGCUACCAGAGAGAAGAACGCCCUCCAGCACCACCGGUAAGUUAUCUGCUGUGUCUUUACUGUAUGACAGAAAUACAACCUCCUCACUGUGUCUGUGGGUGAUGUUACUCUCUGUGUUUGGACAGUUAUACAGUACCAUAAGAGUAUAUCAUACGUGACCUUUUUGGGCCAUUCAAAAGGAGAUCAAAGAUGAACUGGGGUUUUCUGGAGAACGUCCUCAGUGGGGUCAACAAGUACUCCACUGGAAUUGGGCGAAUCUGGCUCUCUGUGGUCUUCCUCUUCAGGAUCUUGGUGUAUGUGGCAGCAGCUGAGCAGGUGUGGAAGGACGAGCAGAAGGAUUUUGUUUGUAACACACAGCAGCCCGGCUGUGAGAAUGCCUGCUUCGACCACUUCUUCCCCAUUUCGCAGGUACGUCUCUGGGCUCUGCAGCUCAUCAUGGUGUCAACCCCUUCGCUGCUAGUUGCCCUUCAUGUGGGUUACCGGGAGUAUCGGGAGGUUAAACACAAGCGAAAACUGUACCAGGACAAGGGACGCAUCGAUGGAGGUCUUUUCUGCACCUACACUGUGAGCCUGAUCUUCAAGACAGCCUUUGAGGUGGGCUCCCUGCUCGCUUUCUACUUCCUGUAUAAUGGCUUUGAGGUCCCGAUACUGCUGCAGUGCAGCCAGAGCCCAUGCCCCAACACAGUGGACUGUUUCAUUGCCAAAGCUACAGAGAAGAAGAUCUUCCUCUACAUCAUGGGUUGCACUUCCAUACUAUGCAUUGUUCUGAACUUCACUGAGCUUAUGUACAUUGUAUGGAAACAGCUUUGGAAAUGUUUAACGAGGAAGUAUAUUCCCAUGGAAAAGAAGAUGUACAGCCACAGCCAGCCAUCUGUUUCCACUGUCAACAAGUAUGCCUCAAAUGAACCCACAGCAAACACAGAGGUGUGUAGGACACAGCCAGCAGCUGCUCAGGAAAACCUGCCUGACCAGUCCUAGAGGGCUGGGACACUGCCAACAUCUGACACUGAAAGAACCUCAAGUGAAACCUGAUACACACACACACACGCACGCACGCACCCACGCACACUAUAUAAGUUGGCCAAAGGAGUAGAUAGAAGUCACUGACAUCAAGAUGAGGAAGCUCCUGACUGUAUUCUAAGUGUAAGGAAGGAACAGACUCUAGGAUGAGACAACGAACAUCAACAAGUACAUAAGGAAGAUGGCCACGACCGACCAUGUGGUCAAUGACUAUCUCAGGCAGCAGAAACCCAAGAAAGAGUAGGAACCAUCAUGGAAAGACAGGCCCCUGCACAGAAUGUACCACUGGCAGAUAGAGGAAGUGGCUGAUAUCAACAAAUCCAACCAGUGGCUGGACAAAACUGGAAUGAAAGACGGCACAGUAGCACUAAUUAUGGCAGCACAUGAACAAGCUCUAAGUACAAGAUCCAUAGAGACCCCAGGUGCAGGCUGUCCAGCACAUCCAGCACAUAACAGCAGGGGGCAAGAUGCUAGCAGGCAGGGCUUACGUGGAAUGCAAUAACCAAGUGGCCGGCAUAGUAUACAGGAACAUCUGAGCCGAGUAUGGCCUGGACGCCCUGAGGUCAAAAUGGGAGACGCCCCCUAGUGUGGUCGAGAAUGGCCGUCCUAAGAUCCCGUGGGACUUCCAGAUAUAGAUGGGCAAAAGGGUGAUGGCUAAUGAACCGGACAUAGUAGUGGUGGAGAAGCAGAGGAAGACGGCUGUAGUGAUAGACGUAGCAAUACCGAAAUACAGCAACACCAGGAAGAUGGAACACAAGAAGCUGGAGAAGUGCCAAGGACUCAUAGAAGAGCUUGAGAAGAUGUGGAGGGUGAAGGUAACAAACCCCAGUCACCACUCACAACACUCAGUGUGCUUGUCAAUAGCUUUGGUGUUGACUCUUGUUCCAGACAGCUGUGAUUGCUUGAUGAGCUUCAGCUGGCAUGCCAGCCUCCCUGGCAUGGCCCCUCAAGCCAGCUGCACCACACCUCCUCUGCAGCUGAGUCAAAGACCACAGCUCUGUCACACCAUCCAAUCCACACGUGCAAAGAAAUCAUGGCACAGAUGUCCAUCAAUUAUGUAUAAUAAUGAGAAAUGACACAGGGAAAAAGCAUUAAAGAUAAGUGCAUUGAAGAUAAGUGCAAAAAAGCAUGGACAGCCAUGACACCAGCUAAAAUCUAUCAGUAAUUAGAAAGCAAUCCUGCCACUUGGUGCAAAUUAAUACCGGCUGGUUCAGUCCCAACUGAUGUCUAAUUACCAAGGAGUCACACAAGAAACAUCUCAUGACUGGUAAAACCCAGUGAGGUUGACUAGACUAUCUAGUCAACCUCACUGUCUAGACAAGACUAUCACAGCUUUAUUUUUGCUAAACAUACUGAUGGCACUGGUUACAGGAGAAUUUCUAAACUACUGAAAGUUCCAGUGUGCACUGUUGGGGCCAUAAUCCGGAAGUAAAAAGAAUAUCAUUUCACCAUAAACCUGCCACGACCAGGUGCUCCCUGCAAGAACUCAGACAGAGGAGUGAAAGGAAUUGUCCAAAAACUAAGGAACAUUUGUGGGGAGCUACAGAAACACCUGGAGUCAACAGGUACAAAAAACUCCAACACUGAAGAAAAAGCAUGUUGAAGUUUGCUCAACAAGAUUUAUGUUUGGAAGUCAAAAGGGACAGCAAACCGAAAACACCAUACCAACAGCGAGGUUUGGAGGUGGAACAUAAUGGUGUGGGGCUAUUUAUUGAAAGCAGGAUGAAUGGGAAAAAUGAACUGAGACAUUCUGCCAUCUGCAAUGAUCCCAAACACAGAGCCACGGAAACACUCCGUUGGCUUCAGAGAAAGAAAAUGAAGCUGCUAGAAUGGUCUAGUUAAUGAAAUAUAUGGAAAGAACUAAAGCUAGAGCAAGGCUGCUGCAUAUAUGUAGAGUUCAUAGAAGGGGCCCACUUCAGGAUUUUUGAAGACAGUUUGUGUGGAAGAAUGGGCCAAAAUUAAACCCGAGCAAUGUCUGUGACUAGUUUAUCCAUACAGGAGGUGUCUUGAAGCUGUCAAAAGUAUUACAUAAAUUUCAGUGUGAGUGCUCCGGGAGAGUCAAAAAGUGCUAUAUGACAACCAGUCCAUUUACCAUGUGUAAUUGGUUUUUUGUUUGGUUGGUUUUUUUUUACAAAUUAUAUAUCUGUGGUUUGAUUUUAUUUGCAUGUGUUGAUUGGAUGGGUUUGUUAUCCACAUCUGGUGAGAAUUUCAUGUUGAUAGCAAGUUUGAAAAUAUAUUCACUUAUGACAUGUUUAAUACUUAAUUUACCUGCUGUAUGUAUAGAUGUGUGUAGUGAUUGAGAGAGGUAAUCUCCAAGUUGCGACAUUACACAGUCUGCAGAAUCACCUUUGGAGGCAAAAUGUUCUGUAUGAAAAUACUGACAAACUCUCCUGCUGCUGUCCUUGGAAUCACUGUCUGAACACAGUACAGAGAAGCUAACUACUCUACUCCCAGAGAGGUCAAUUAUCUUGUUAACAGUGUUACAUCCUUAUUGCAUAUGACACUGGAUGCUCUCUUCCAGAGAAGAGAGAGCCUCAUAUCAGAAGUUGGAUUCCAAGGUGUAACUCUCAAACAUGCACCUUCGACCCAUAAGCCUGAGAUGAAAUGUUAUCUUACUAACUCAGAAAAUCUUCAUUUAGCCUGAAAAAAUUGUUUGUUGCUCUAUUUAAAAGUCCUCCGUAAAGAUGCUCCCAAGUCUCACAAACCACCAAAGUUGACCUGCACCUCUGUACUUUAAGGGUCUGUAACUUGAAAUGUUUUCAUAGUGUGAAGAUAACAUUUUGCAUGGUUUAAUUAAAUAUACUAGUUCUUGUAGAAAAGGGGUAUGAGGUAUGACGUGGUACAUCCCGAUUCUCUUCUGAGGAAUUUUGAAUGUUCUCCAUAUACUGACAAUGUUAUGGCUGCUAUUGUCAUGCUAAACUUAAGGUGCUUUGUCUUAUGUUUUCUGCAAGCUACGAUGUCUGCUGUAGAAAAGUCUUUCACAUAUCUAAAUGGUCCUUUUGGAACUGAUUGAACUGAUAUCAACAAGCACUUUAGAUAAUGUUCCACAGGAACGUCCUUUAUCGGUACCACAUUUGAGAGGAUGACUUCAACUGAAACCCACUGAAGUAAUAGUUAACACUGACAGGUGUUGGUUAGCUAGGAUAGUUAAUAUUAAGUUAAUUCUUUCUUAAAUUUGUAUUAAUAAAAUGCUAUACUUGUUUAUGAACAUAUUAAGUGUAAUAAAGAAUGACUAGAAGACCCUUGAAAAAGUCUGCUGUCUGCUCCUUCCGAUUCCCUGCUUUGAUGGAGUUAACUAAUGAAGGUGGCCAAAUUAACUAUUUUUAGAACUGAGAAAUUUCACUCUAACAAUUUGAAAAUUGUUAAAAUGAAAAGUUAAGCACUUAAAGUUAUUUCAGUGUAAGUCAUCUUAUCCUGUGUUUCAAAUGCUAUACUUUUACUGUGACUUCAGUAGGUACUGCACUGGUCUUUAAAGACCACCAGUGCCUCUGGGAGGCAGAGCCUUCAGUUUACAGGCCCCUCUUCUGUAGAACCAGCUUCCAGUUUGGGUGUAGGCUGCUGGGGGAUUCCCAUGAUGCACUGGGUGUUUCUUCUUUCUCUCUGUGUUAAUAGACCUCUGUGCAUUAAAUCAUAAUUGUUAUUAAUCUCUGGCUCUCUCCCCAACUGGUCAGGGCAGGCAGCCGCCCUUCCCUGAGCCUGGUUCUGCUGCUAUUGUAGGGUCUACCUUACAAUAUAAAGCGCCUUGAGGUGACUGUUGUUGUGAUUUGGCGCUGUAUAAAUAAAACAAAUUAAACAUACAGUUCCAUCCAGUAUUCAUACAAUGGGGAUGUAGUUCUUUGCUGCCUGAAUUUGCUUUCUGUCUGCCCAUGAAAAUGUAUCAAUCAAUUGUCCAAUUACACUCGAGCCUCUGAAAAUGUGUAAUAUAUAUAAAACAGCUGCAAUUCUACUUUUUCUUUUUUGUAAGUUAAACCCUUAAACUGUUUGAUUAAAAAUUUGUUCCUACCCAAAAAUAAUUGCAUAAUGCAAGAUCUGUGACUGAAGGGAAAAAAAACCCCCCAAACAAACACACUUACAAAACACUGGUGAAUAUUUAAUAUGAGAACAUUGUUUAUCAUUCAAAAAAACCUUUCCACAAAAUCAUUUUCAUCAUCAGUGUGCAUGCAGGAGCUCCAGACAUUACAUCAUGAAAGGCAUCAACUUUUUGCCCCCCCAACACACACACACGUUACAAAAGAAAAAGGGAAAAAAAAAAUUGGGCUGCUGGCUGCAGUGGGUAAUUUCAAACUAUACACGACACAAACAUCUUCAACCACAAACUACACAGUCAAUUUCAGUCCACCAAUCUCCAAGUUCCACAGGGAUAAUCAAGACACCCUAAACUGAUGUCCUAUUUCUACUAAACCCAAAUGUUCUUUUUGUAUUUAAAAACAUGCUUUACAUUUUUCUAGUUAAAAAACAAAGACAACCAUGUACAGGUAA